GGUAUAAAUGCGAGCAACCAAGAGAGGUAUGUCAGUCUGCCUUCGAAAAAAACACACUGGGCAUCAUGAUAAAGCUGCUGUUUGCUGUCGCGUUUUUGGGCGCCUGCUUGGCUGAGGAGGCGCCGAAACCCAGGGCCGUCUUCAGGUCGUCCUCCGCCGUGGGCGACCCCAACAACUGGCACGCCACCUUCAGCUACAACUCUCCAGAUGGUACAGUGCGAGAAGAGUCUAUGUUGCUCAAGAGAAUCGAUGAUAAGCUUGUGCCAGACAUUAAGGGUCGAUCAUCGUGGAUUGACAAGCAGUCGGAGAAGACAAUCGAGUUGACGUACGAAGCCAACGAGCAAGGCUUCCAUGCCGAAGGAGAGCACAUCCCCAAGCCGGAACCACCUGCGGUACCAGUCCAGGUGGAGUCUGGAAAGCAGACGGGGAUCGCGGUAGAGCCGCACGUGGCUCCUCCGUCGAAGGUUCCUCUGCCACCGCCACCCCCGCCGUCUUCGCCAGCCAGGAAGAACGUCGGCCACAGGUUCAUCGAGUGAGCACGCUGUAGCAGCAGCCAGCUGGCUCACACCACCGUAGGCGUCAUUGGGACAGGUCCUGCAGCUGCGCAGGACAAGAAUCCAUGGUUCCAUAUGACGUCACGGCGACGACAAUUACGCGCGACCACAACGGACUACGGCCUUUACCUCAGACAUCAUAGAGUAGCAGUAGUUACUACGUAUAAACAAGCAACUGACGAGAUGUACAGAGCAGCAGAUUUGGGGUCAGAGCCAUUCGUUACAAAUGUGCAUUACUUCUCUAUAAGCAAUAAAUCCUAUAUAACACAAUAACAAGAACAAAAUAUGAAUGCAUCUCGCCUCCCUC